GCUUUAUUAUGAAUGAUGCAUUGAUGCAAGGAAUGAUGUGUGUAAAAGUGAGUUUUAUGUUGUUAAUUUGGAGGAAUUGGUUGGAAUAAAAUAAGUUAUUUUUAUUUCUAUUGGUUGAAGUUUUUAUUCAAAAGAUUUCGGUCUAUAGCAUUGAUAUUUACUGAAAAUACCUUCGUUUGAAUAAAUUGCAGAUAUUUGGCAACUGAAGUGUUAGGUAAGCCCAAAUUGAAAUGAUACGUAAAAGCUACAAUGAUUUCAGACAUCAGAGAAGCUCCUGGUCAACAUCAUUACACUAGUACAGAUGCAAGAGUUUUUGAAUCAGUAUAUGGACUUUCAUUGGAAAAGAUGGAUGAUGUUUGUAAAUACAUGAUGCUGAAUCCAAGAAGAUAUAGAGAGAAUAUUCAAGUACCUACUAUUCUGACUCCUCCAUACAUCAAAACAAGAGAAGAAAAGAUGGUGCAAGCUUUCUUUGAAAGCUGUCCGUUCAAGGCUGGCAUCAGUGGCAUUGCAGGGUUUGGCCUAGGUGGAGCUCUGGGUCUCUUCACAUCCAGUGUGAACCCAUCAAUAACUGGAGCUGAAUUGAAGAGUCAGACUGCAAGAGAGGUUCUGGUAGAAAUGCGAACAGCCAUGCUGCAGUAUGCCAAGAACUUUGGCAUGAUCGGUCUCAUGUUUGCUGGUGUGGAGUGUUGUAUAGAAUCGUACCGCGCCAAGGAUGACCUACGAAACGGCACCUACGCCGGCGCCGUCACCGGCGGCCUUAUAGGACUGCGAGCCGGCGCCAAGGCGGGUCUGCUCGGCGGCGCGGGGUUCGCCGUCUUCUCCGCCGCCAUCGAGUACUACAUGCGCAGCUGAGUGCCGGUGACUCGGGGGCCGGCCGCGCCUGGGAACUGGGUGGGCCAGGCGACCAGCGGAACGCCAGCGCUCCGCUACCGCCAAUCGGAUAUGUGAAGUGUGACACGUCGUUAUGUUAAGAGCGGAAUGACUCAGUGAUAAAGAUAGGCAUUGUUGGUGUUCUGUGCCACAUGUGCAAAUACAGUGCAAGUAAAAAAAAAAAAA